AUGAUGAACCGCACAUCGGCUGGCACCACGAGCACCGGCGGCCCCGGAACCCCGCUUACCCCCUUCUCUCCCGGCCCGAUGUCCAGCGUCACGAUGCCGAGGCCGCCAGACCCGCAACUCGACCCGGCCGGCUACCUGCGCAGCUUGGGCGCUGUACGAGAACGAUGCAAGAUCGUGACGGCGAAAGCGUGCAAAAACGACCUGCGCCAUUUUGAUGUGGAUAUGCAAAAGUUCCCAGAUGUUGUCUCGUUUGUUGCGAAUAUUAUCAAGCGCGAUUACGACGCGCCCUUCACGAGUAUUCCUGGGCAUGGCCGAUACCAGCAUUUCGGCGUCGGUGGGCGGGACCGGAUCGCCCACCUUUUGGCGACAUGGCCGGAGGAGAUCGAUAACACCGAGAAGUGCAAGCGGAUUCUUGAUCUUUUCCUGGUCAGCGUGCUGCUGGAUGCUGGUGCUGGCACAGAGUGGAGUUACAAGAGCGUCGAAAACGGCCGAGUCUACAGGCGGUCCGAGGGUAUCGCUGUUGCGACCCUGGAUAUGUUCAAGACCGGCCUCUUUUCGGGCAGCAGCAACAAGUACCAGGUCGACAGAGAGGGCCUGCGGCAACUAACAGUGGAGAAACUCGCCCAGGGCCUGCAGUCGGGACCCGGGAACGAGAUGGCCGGUAUCGAAGGCAGGGCGCAACUUCUCAUCCGCCUCGGGAGGGCCCUGGAGAACAAGGAGUUCUUCGGCGAAGAUGGCCGGCCAGGCAACAUGCUCGACCACAUUCUCUCCCACCCAUCGACGCAAGCUUCGAGUGUGAUCAUUGUCCCCAUGCCGGUGCUCUGGAACGUCCUCAUGAACGGGCUUAACCCCAUCUGGCCCCCAUCUCGGACGGCCAUCAACGGUGUUUCGCUCGGCGACGCCUGGCCCUGCAGCUCGAUGCCACAACCUGCGCAAUCGCCCAGCAGCCCGACAUUCUCGCCCUUCCCCAACGCGACCGGCCAAUCCAACGGCAUUGCGCCAUGGGAGAGCAUCCUUCCCUUCCACAAGCUCACUCAGUGGCUAACAUACUCCCUCAUGCAACCGAUGCAGAGCAUCAUGAAGAUCCAAUUCGCCGGCCAGGAACUUCUCACCGGGUUGCCCGAGUACCGAAACGGCGGGCUUUUCGUCGACCUUGGUGUGCUCACGCUCAAGCCCGAGGACCAGGAACGCGGCCUGCAGCAUUAUACUGAGUACUCGCAGCGUACAGGGACUGGGGGUGUCGAGGUCGCGCCCAUGUUUGACCCUGGCGAUGAUGUUAUUGUCGAGUGGCGCGGUGUCACGGUGGGCUUCCUGGAUAUGUUGACUACCGAUGUGAACAAGGCGCUGAAGGCCGAGCUGGCUGGGCAUGAGCUUAGCUUGGCGCAAGUGUUAGAGGCCGGAAGCUGGAAGGGAGGGCGAGAAAUUGCCGAAGUCAGCCGGCCGAAUACCAAGGAACCGCCCAUUCUCAUUGACAGCGACGGGACGGUGUUCUAG